AUGAAAAGUGACGAACAGAUUGCAAAAGAGCUGCAAGACGAAGAUUUACGAGGUGAAGAGUUCAAGGAAGUAGCUAUUCAAGACAGAACAAAUGAGCUGCCUUUACAUUCCCUUCAGCCAAUAAGUAAUGGCCCUGCUCCAUUUUACGAUAAUCAUGCUGGAUUCAGUCCUAUGCCUCUCCCCGCAAAUAAUAUUCAGCAGGUGCCUGCUGUCAUUAUCGAUCCUGUGCCCUUAAACCCCAAGUACCUAAAAGUCCUCAAAUUCGCGUCGACAACUAAGUGAAUUGCUAUCUUGGAUUGCCUGCUUUGUUUCAUCUAUAUUUUGACAGGCCUUUUUGUGCUAAUUUUAUUGAUUUUCCUGCCUGUUUUAGGUUAUUUCGGUGGAGCAAAGCUAUUGAGACCUUUGUUAGUGGCUUAUAUGAUAUAUCAGAUAUUAGUAACAAUAUUGAGGAUUGCGCUAAUUGCAAUUGCAGACAAUGCGAUAUAUACAGUUUUAACUGUUUUUAUCAUUAUUUUCACAAUCGCAAUUUUUGUAUUCCUUGUCAAGUUCUUCAGGCUUUUAGGAGAUGUAACUCCUCAAGAGCGCUUAGAAAUUUUAGAGUUGAUGAAAGGGAACAGAGGAGCAAGACAGCCAGCAAUGAAUAAUCCUCCUCAAAUUGUGUAUGGUAUACCUGCUCAAUACCCUCCUCAGCAAUACCAACCUCAGCAAUAUCAACCCCAGCAAUACCAAGCUCAACAGUAUCAACCCCAGCAGCCAGCACAGCCUUAUUUUCCAGGCACUGGAUACAAAUUAGAUAACUAA